GGUGGCGGGAAAACUCUUGCCCUCAUUUUAUAACUGGCGCCAUGAUGCCGCCCCCGUCCGUGCACCGCUCGCCGCUCAAGCGUUUGUCGUUGUCUCCGCCUGUGUGGAAGGAUCAACUGCGUCAACGUUGCCUCCAACGCCUCAAGCGAGAUCGCAGCGAGUUGCUGGCCAAGUUGCGGCGACCAGGAGCGCGCACGAGCGUGUCGGAGGAGAUACAGCGCCUUGUGGCUCACGAACAGCACGACGCCUCGCUCUCUACUUCUACUGCCGCGUCAGUGGAUGAUCUGCUGCUCAUGGGACGCCUAAAGGAGAGCGACUACUUGGAGAUCGUCCAUGCGUUGGAGGACGCGCUGCGUCAGGAGACUGAGGAGGAGAAGGACGAAGACGAGGAACUGCGUUUGGCUGAGCACAUGGCCGAGCUCGAAGACGCUGAACUGGAGGCUAUGCUGGCCAAUAUGGACCUAAUGGACGAGUCACAGCAACCACAGCAGUCGAGCCCUGAAGAGCAGCACCAGGAAUUUAUCUCUGUGUUGUGCCCCAUCUGUAAGGCUGACUAUCUGCGAGAGCACGCGGACACUCAGACGUCCGUGCCUUUCGUCACGUGCGGCUGUGGCUUCACCUUCCACGUCAAAUACGUGUACCAUUCAGUGCUCGAGGACUUUCAAGACAAGAUCGUUAACGCCUUUAUGACACAUCGUGACUCGUGCUGUGCUGAUCCUACAUUCGAAAAGAGGGCGACGCUGGAUAGUGAUGCGGACGUGCUGUGCAUCAAGUGCGCGCAUUGUGGCUGCGACCAUGCGCUGCCCUGAAUCUGCUAUAGAUUGCGGACUGAAGCGUUAUUUAUUCCCAAGUCUCGUCCUAAAAAGAAUACAUUUUACUUCAUCU